AUGCGCGCCGCGCCGCCGCCCGCGCGGUUUCUGCCGCUGCUGGUGCUGCUCGCGCUCCUGGCCGCGCCCGCUGCCCGCGCCAGCAGAGCCGAAUCUGCCGCCCCGCCGCAGUCCGGAUCCGAGCGCCAGCCGCGGCUGCCACCCGGCCCGGGGUCCGGGAACGCCACCGGGAUGGGCUCCGGGGAGGCGGCGGGCGGCGGCGGCAGCUCCAACAGCAGCGGUGACGCCCUGGUGACCCGCAUCUCCAGCCUGCUCCGCGACCUGCCCACCCUGAAGGCGGCCGUGAUCGUGGCGUGCGCCUUCUCCGCCUUCCUCAUAGCCUGCCUGCUGCUGCGCGUCUUCAGGUCGGGGAAGAGGUUGAAAAAGACCCGCAAGUAUGACAUCAUCACCACUCCAGCCGAGCGAGUGGAAAUGGCCCCGUUGAACGAAGAGGAUGACGAAGACGAGGACUCCACAGUAUUUGACAUCAAAUACAGGGGGGAACGCCUUUGA